GAAAAAUCUCUCGGGGAUGAAAAAUCCCAAAUAUGGGAGGAAAUAUCUCACCAGCCUAAUACCCAUUUUACACAUCCCUAAUCAUAACAAUUACGGUUCGAGGGCAAAAUGUGCUCAAUCCAGAUUGAGGUGUGAGGAAGAAUUGCCUUGGCACGGUGGAGAAUCUUCUCAAAUUGACGCAUCCAGGUGGCUAUAAAUAAGGCUGUUCGACGAUUGAUUAUCAUCAUCAUUAUCAUCAUCAUUAUCAUCAUGCGGUUCCUAAGUCUUGCAUUGUGUGCGGUGGCAGUUGCACAAGUUCCGGAACCUCCUGUUAACUAUGGAAUCGUUCUAUUCCCUGGCUUUCAGGCGAUGGACGUCUUUGGUCCAUUGGAUGUCUUGAACACGUUGUCGAUGCGUCAGACAUUGAAUCUGUACAUAUUUGCGAACCAGCGUGGGCUGGUGCCAACGAAACAUGCGAUGGAGGGAGUAAAAUCCAACUUUGGAGAGGCGGUGAUGGCCGACUACGCGUUUAAUGACACAGAGAUUCCAGACCUCGAUGUUCUCAUCGUUCCUGGAGGUGCUGGGACACGAGAUUCGCAGACGCAAGCGGAAGUGGCACCGUUCCUUUCGAAGAUCUACCCUCAACUCCAAUAUCUGGUCGCCGUGUGCACCGGAUCGGCUCUGGUUGCUCGAACGGGGAUUCUCGAUCGUCGACGAGCAACCACCAACAAACUAGCGUGGGAGUGGGCGACAUCACAGGGACCAAAUGUCGACUGGGUUCCCCGCGCUCGAUGGGUUCGAGAUGGAGACAUCUGGACGGGAUCAGGGAUCACGGCAUCGCUCGACACGAUUUACGCGUUUGUGGCACAUGUGUAUGGAGAGCCAACGGCGGCGAACUUGUCCAGGGACUUAGAGUACGUUCGUUGGACCGAUGCGGACAACGAUCCCUUCGGGGAUUUCUACAACACAAGCUGGCCGAUCGUGGGAUAGACGUGGUGGAGCAAAUGACUAUAUGUCCCAAGAUAGCAGUCGAAUUGGAGCGUGUCAUGAGCAUCCUGUAUCGAAAUUCCCAUAGUGUAUGCGUGCGGAAAGCGAGUCGCUCGGAGGAGGAUGCGUCGGGAGGAAAUGGGUCGUUGUGAAAUCGUCAUCCGGUUUAGUUAAUGUCGAGUGUAAGGGUCUCACUGUUGGGAAUCCCCAAUCGUGAGGCAAACGUAGAAUUGUUGCUCAGUUGGUUUCUACUACCACGUAGCAUCCCUUUCACUGCCCACUACCGGUUUAGAUAUAUCAAUGUAGAUAAUCGCCGUCAACAUCCUCUGAUUAUUCAUGGGAGCAUAGAUGUUCCAGCAACUAUCUUAACUGCAAUGAUAUUACAAUUUUGCUUUUGACUCAGGAGUG